AUGACGACCCCCGCGCCGCAGCAGAACCCCCCCAAGUCCAUCCUCAAGCCCAGCUCGGCGCCGGGCACCCUGGCCGCCGACCAGGCCGCCGCCGCCAAGGCCCGCGAGGUCGCGACGACGCACGCCAAGAUCAUCCACCACCGCUGGGGCAUCGAGGACCAGAUCGGCGACGCCAUCGUCGAGCUGUGCCGGUACCCGCUGGCGGCGGCGCGCGGGGACGGUGCCGGUACCGCCUGUUACUCGGCGGCCGACCCCGCGCCCUCGGACGCCGAGGGCUUCCGCGCCGGCAUCCGCCUCUUCCAGCCGUCGGACUACGACGACCUGAUCGAGGAGCGCAACGCCAACGGGCGGUGCGGGUACGUGCUGUGCCCGGAGGCGCGGCGGCGCGUGGCGGGCGCCGGCGAGUGGAAGAUUGUCGGCAGCCACAUCCUGCCCAAGAAGGAGGUCGAGAGGUGGUGCUCGCAGGCCUGCGCCAAGCGCGCCAUGUACGUCAAGAUCCAGCUGAGCGAGACGGCCGCGUGGGAGCGCGCCGGCAUCGACACCAUCCAGAUCGACCUGUACGAGGAGCCCGGCAGCAAGAACAAGAAGGAGGAGGCCGAGCCGGCCGGCCAGGACGCCCGUCUGGCGCAGGACCGCGCGGGACAGCAGCAGGUCGAGGCCCAGCGGAAGGCGGCCAAGGACGCCAAGGAGCUCGCCUUGGAGAGGGGAGAGUCUGGCGAGCCACAGAACCAGCGCGACAUUCCCAUCAGGAUACGAGAGAAGCCAGUCACCAGAACAGCGGAGGAGCCGUCGUUGGGCAAGGACGACGGCCACCUUGUCCUGGACGGCUACAAGACCAAAUUCGAGAACAACCAACUCACUGCUGAGGUUGCUCCGGAGGAGGAUGACACGAGUAUGGUAGACAAAAGCUAA